GCGCUCCCCUCAACGUUUCUGGUUGUUGAUGUUAGACAGUCGCACAAGGCGAAGCGGCUGCUUCUCGUGUUGAUUCAGCCACCUCGUCAGCACCGCGCCGCUGGACAGCUCCCCGCAGCGGGAUACGUGCGCGCUCUCUUCUAGGACUCUUAGCGCUUGUUCCAAGUCUUUUAAUGGAAAGACAAUAUCUUUAUGUUCCAAGUAAAACUGGAAGUUUACAACUUCAGGGGGAAUCUACGGAUACCUCGUUUCGAGAUUUGUGGCAGGCAGCACAUCCUCGGUGGCAGAGAGCACAGCUUCAUUGUUAACGGCAACAGACGAGCCGUGUCCCCAUAGCGGUCACCUGCUUCCAAAUAUUUGGUUAAAAGGUUUUAGUCGAAAACCGCGAAGCUGCUGUCUACGUGGACUGGUGCAGAAGCUCCCCGUCCCAAGGCCAGGAUUAGUACCAAAUCAAGAGAAAUGGCGACGAACGGUACCAAAACGGAUGGACCAGUAACAGAACUUAACGAAGUGGCGACUAAUGAUAAACCCAAGUCACUGGACGUAAAAGAUGAAAAGAAGAAAAAGGAUCUUCCCGCAAGAGAAGAAUGGGUUGGGAGAUUCGAUUUCCUUCUGUCAUGUGUAGGUUAUGCAAUUGGAUUGGGAAAUGUAUGGAGAUUUCCAUAUCUCUGUGGAAAAAACGGUGGAGGAGCCUUCUUGAUCCCCUAUUUUUUGACACUCAUAUUCGCUGGAAUGCCCCUGUUCCUGUUGGAGACUGCUCUUGGUCAAUACACCUCAAUUGGAGGACUUGGAGUCUGGAAACUGGCUCCCGUGUUCAAAGGUGUUGGCCUUGCAGCAGCUGUCCUGUCCUUCUGGCUUAACAUUUAUUACAUUGUCAUCAUUGCCUGGGCCAUUUAUUAUCUCUACAACUCCUUUACCACUGAACUUCCAUGGAGCUCUUGCGGCAAUUCCUGGAACACUGACAAAUGCUACUCAAACUACAGCAUUGUUGACAACACCAAUAUGACCAGUGCGGUGAUGGAGUUUUGGGAGCGCAACAUGCAUCAAAUGACCGAUGGCUUGGAAAAACCAGGGCAGAUCAGACUGCCUCUGGCAAUAACACUGGCCAUUGCUUGGGUCCUAGUUUACUUCUGUAUCUGGAAAGGGGUUAGCUGGACUGGCAAGGUUGUGUACUUCUCGGCCACAUACCCUUAUUUCAUGCUCUUCAUUUUGUUCUGCCGUGGAGUGACUCUACCUGGAGCCAUAGAUGGAAUUCUCUUCUAUAUCACCCCUAAUUUUGAAAAACUCAAAGAAUCUGAGGUCUGGCUGGAUGCUGCCACUCAAAUCUUCUUCUCGUAUGGUUUGGGCCUGGGUUCACUGAUAGCUCUUGGCAGCUAUAACCCAUUUAAUAAUAAUGUUUACAGAGACUCUAUCAUAGUGUGCUGCAUCAACUCCUUCACUAGCAUGUUUGCUGGCUUCGUCAUCUUCUCCAUCGUGGGCUUCAUGGCCAACGUCACUAAUCGGCCCAUACAAGAAGUGGCAGCUUCAGGACCAGGCCUGGCUUUCCUGGCGUAUCCCGAGGCAGUGACCCAGCUGCCUAUCUCUCCACUCUGGGCUAUCCUGUUUUUUUCCAUGCUGCUGAUGUUGGGUAUUGACAGUCAGUUUUGCACCGUGGAGGGUUUUAUCACUGCUCUGGUGGAUGAGUUUCCAAGGGCACUUAGGGGCAGGAGAGAGAUCUUCAUUGCUGUUGUCUGCCUGGUGUCCUACCUGAUCGGACUGUCUAACAUCACACAGGGCGGCCUCUACGUGUUCAAGCUCUUUGACUACUACUCUGCUAGUGGGAUGUGUCUUCUCUUCCUGGUCUUCUUUGAGUGCAUCUCCAUAUCCUGGUUCUACGGUGUGAACAAGUUCUAUGACAACAUCCAGGAGAUGAUUGGCUACAAGCCCUGUUUGUGGUGGAAACUGUGCUGGGUCUGUUUUACCCCUCUCAUCGUGGCCGGGGUGUUCCUGUUCAGUGCCAUCCAAAUGGUUCCUCUCACCUUGAACAACUAUGUGUUCCCCGCCUGGGGCCAGGGAGUGGGCUGGCUCAUGGCCCUGUCCUCCAUGGUCCUCAUCCCAGGGUACAUGGUAUACAUGUACGCUGGACUCAAGGGCACCUGGAAAGAGCGCCUGCGGAUAAUGUUCCAGCCACCAGCAGUGGUCCGACGGCCGCAGGAGAAUGGGCCCGAGACAGUGGUUGCCGAGACCAAUCUAGCUAGUCCCUCUAACCCCGCCAACCCAGCUAGCCCUUCCAACCCAGCUAGCCCUUCCAACCCGGCUACCCCCGCCAACCCAGCUAGUCCCGCCAACCCGACAGCCACAAGCCCAGUUGCCGCCGCCCCAACCAACCCAACACCUCCAGCUGCCCCAGCAUCUGUGGCUAGCCCUGUGAACCCAACCGGUCCGAACGUAGCCACGGUUCUGACCACGCCGGCCAACCCAACUAGUCCUACUAGCCCGCAGCCCAAUCCAGUCAGCCAAACGGCAAUGGAGACAGCCAUCCCACCAGCUAAUGUAGCGAGUUCAUCCAACCUAACUCACCUGACCAACCUGACCAAUGCAGAGGCUAAUGUCUAGACAAGGGAGUACCCUCACGGAGAACACGUAGUCAAUGGCGAACAUUACUAAGGACUUCCAAGAUUUUAAUUGAUUAACCUACCUCCAGGGGCAAUAUCUGAUCAAACCGGAUUUUCAAAAAAAAUCAUGUUUAAUUUCUCUGCAUUUGUAAAACCUUCCUGGUUAUGUCUUUUUAUCGGUAUGCAUUACAAAUACAAAAAUCGAAGACUGUUAGUGUUCACAAAAACUACCGUAAUCUGAGUAAAAAGAUGUAAGCUUACUGUGUAAUACUGUGAGAAAAGAAAAAAAUACUAUUGAAACUAUAGAUUAGCAAUUUGUUGAGUAUCUUCAUGAACCAAGUAAAUACAGUGUGAUUAUAGUAGAGAUGAAGUCCUAGUCAACAAAAGGAUCACCACGGGAGAGUGCAAGGGAAGGGGUCAAAUUAUCGUGGUUGUUUACUAAGCCUCACGCAGUCUUAUCUUUACAAACCUUUGUACUCCGUGAGGCUGAUUGCGGGCCACAUGUCAAUGAGGCAACUGAUGAAGAAGCACAAUGCCAAUAAGAAGUUUAAAGUUUAUGAACCCUGGAGUGAUCCAGUAUACUUGUUGCAAAAGAUUUUGUGUGUGUGAGAGAGACUGUUAUUUUAUCUUGCUUUUUUUAGGAAAAAAAAAAAGAACUUUUAUGUGACUGAAACAUUUUUAGAAUUAUUUUUAGGAUGUUUUCUACUAUAAAUGUUGUGACCGAGGACCAAAACCGUAGGCAGACGAAAGCAAAAACGAUCUAUGCCAUGUAGGGUUCACUAUAUGAAGCACAGGGUAACAAAUACGUACAAAAAAUAGAUAUACUAGAUCACAGAGUAUAGGAAAAUGAUUUACAAACAUCCACUAUCCCUUAACACCAACAGUCAGUCCUGUUUACUGUUUUGCAUGCUUUCCUCAGGAACAUCAGAGAAAAUUUCCAAAAUGUCUCCUGACAGAUCUAAAAUGAGAACAGAGAAGCCCUUAAGCCAGUUAUUAACCAAUUUAUACCAAGCCAUAGUCUGUUUGCAUGACUGGGCAGAUAACCAGAAAAUCACUUCGUACUCGAGCAAACAAUAUUGGACCAACUCUAUGUUUGAAACUAGUCAUUUUUAUUUCACUUUAUGUGUAAUGAUCAAUUAUACUUUGAUCAAUAUGUAUUCAGCAAUACAUAUGUAGAUGUGUAGGUGAAGGCCAGUGGGGAUCGGUUUCUCUUUUUCUUUUCGUUGUCUUUGCUUUACUAGUGAAAAGCACAAAAGCUUUAAUUUCCUCAGACUUUUGCCAUGGUGUGUUUAAAGACAAUGCUAGUUUGCUUCUAUGGCAGCUACAGAGAAAAGCAUCUGGUUGAAUGAAACCUGUUUACUUUGAAAAGCAAAACAACUAAGUGAAAAUGUGAAAUGGCUACAGUUCAUGUCCUGUGAAUUUUGUAUAAAGUUACUCUACCACAGUUUUCUCUGGAACUUUGUUGUAAGCCUGUACUGUGUAAAAUAUGUAACUGUGAAUGUCUGUAAUACAUUGGAAGUUAUUGUCUAAAUGUUGAAAAAAUUCUAAAGAGUUGCUGUUUUCUGCAAUAAUAUUUUGAUCACAGAAACUAAAGCACAUAUCUUACAGAAAUAUACGAAAUGAUGACAAUGAAGAUAUUGAUGAUUACAUUAAAAAUAGAAACUAUGUCUAGUAAAAAACUAUAUUGUUUUGUAUAUUUUUAACUGUCUCACUGCCUAAUGUACAACAUUAUAUAAACAUGAUAUGUAUUUAAAUGGUGUCAUAUGAUAAAGCACGAUUGUCAUGUUAUACAAAAAGAAAAAAGCAGAAAAAAUAAAGAAUUAUAGAAAAUA